AUGGACGGGACGGGACCGGACGGGACGGCGGGAAGGGGCGGAGCGGCACCGGGCGGAGCGGCGGGAGCGCGGCGGACACUCACUGACCGCCCCAGCGGCCGCACCAUGGGAACGCCGGCCUCGGUAGCGAGCGAUCCUCCGGGGAGAGCGGCGCCCGCCGCCCCCGGCCGCAAGCGGGGAUCGGCCAACAUCUUCCAGGGCGUGGGGCUGCCCGAGCUGCGCAGCCUGUUCCUCAGCGGCGGCGCCGAGAAGCCCGAGGAGCGCGCCCGCCUCGUGUGGCGCUACGCGGGGCAGCGCCGCAUGGCACGGGCGCUGCGGAAGCUCCGGCGGCGGAGAGCGGCACGGCGCGGAGCUGACACGGCGGCUUUACCGAGAUUCCGCCGCCUCCGGAUCACCGAUAAGGAGCCCGAGGGAGACGGCACGGACCAGGCAGCCUCGGGGCUCCGGCAGCAGCACUGAGACCGGGAAACAAACCCACCGCUCCGACCGGGCACAGCGAGGACACUAAUUGUACAGGACAAUGUACACUAAUUGUACAGGACAAUGUACACUAAUUGUACAGGACAAUGUACACUAAUUGUACAGGACAUGAGUGCAGCGCUUAAUAAAACGUGCACAGCGGUGGCUGGGUGAGGCUCUGUGGCAGUGA